ACAAGCAAAAGAAAAAAUGAGAAUGAUCCAGAACAGAUAACAUACGAACCACAUUUGAGUAUGGAUUACUUUUUUAAUGGAAUACCCAGCUAGCUCAAGGAAGAACUUGCUAAAGCUUAUUACGAUGAGAUCUCAUUACCACGACGACUACUGCUACCAUCUCUUGAUUCUUCUACUUGUGUUUGCCACAACUUUGUUGGUGCUGUUGUGGAGAAGACAACGAAAUGGGGUACGGCCGAGAUUACCACCAGGUCCAAGAAGGAUUCCGUUAAUUGGAAACUUGCAUCAGCUUGGCAACGACUUACCGCAUGUAUCACUACAGAAGCUUUCUAAUGAAUAUGGUCCUUUGAUGUUUCUUAAACUAGGUUCAAUUCCAACUUUGGUUGUCUCUUCAGCCGAUAUGGCCAAGGAGAUCUUCACAAUUCAUGAUCGUGUGUUUUCAAAUCGACCCAUGUUUUAUGCUCCCGCAAAACUAUCUUAUGGUUAUUCCGAUAUUACCUUUUCUCGUUACGGUGACUACUGGAGGGAAGUCAAGAAAAUAGCAACGAUGGAGCUCUUAAGUGCCAAGAAGGUUCUUUCAUACCGAGCUGUGAGAGAAGAAGAGGUUGCCUUUGCAAUUAAUCUAAUUCGUACAUCUUCCUCUUCUUCGGUUCCUAUCAAUCUAAGUGAGAUGCUGCUUCGUCUUAUAAACAACGUAGUUUGUCGAGUUGCUUUUGGGUUAAAGUACGAAGAGGAUGGCAAGAAUAAGAUCUACCUGACGCUUCAAGAAACAGAAAACUUGCUUGCUGGAUUUAGUACUGCAGAUUUGUUCCCGUGGAUGAGUUGGAUUCACAAGUUCGAUGGAUCAGACAAGAAACUAGACAAGAACUUUGGGCGUAUGGAUGAAUUCUAUGAUAAAGUAAUCGAUGAACAUAUUUGUCGAUGUUCAUUGAAAACUGGUGUUGAGGAGGACUUUGUCGACGUUCUACUACGAGUGCAAAAAGACCCUAGUCAGGGAAUUAGCCUCACUAGAGAUAAUAUCAAAGGAAUUCUCAUGGACACAUUUGUUGCUGGAACUGAUACUUCUGCUGCGACACUGGUUUGGACUAUGGCGGAGCUAAUCAGGAACCCAACAACCAUGAAGAGAGCACAAGAUGAGGUUAGAUCGGUAAUUGGAAUUAAGGAGAUGGUAAAAGAAAGUGAUCUUCAUAAACUAAGUUACACGAAGUUAGUGAUUAAGGAAGCAUUCAGGCUGCAUCCUCCUGCGCCAUUAUUAGUUCCAAGAGAAACUAGAGAGAAAUGCACAAUCAACGGAUACGACAUUCCAAUCAAAACAAGCGUUCUUAUCAAUGCAAAAGCAAUCUCGACCGACCCAAAGCAUUGGAGAAACCCAGACGAAUUUCUUCCUGAAAGAUUCCUAGACAGUAAUAUUGACUAUAAGGGUCAAGACUUCCAGUUGUUACCAUUUGGGGGCGGAAGAAGAGGUUGUCCCGGAAUCAGCUUCUCGGCGGUGCUUGUCGAACUAGUCCUUGCAAAUUUACUGUAUGGCUUUGAAUGGAAAUUGCCUUCGGAUAUGAAAAUAGAGGAAGUUGAUAUGAGUGAAGCUUUUGGACUUACGAUGCAUAAGAAGGUUCCUCUCUGCCUUUUAGCUGGUAACCAUAAAUGAUGAGUCUAAAUUUGUUUUAACGGAGGAAGCACCUUGAUCAUAAAAUCUGAAAUUAUCAUUUUGUGGAAUAGGCGGAUGAUUCAUACCUGAAAUCCAUUUAUCCAGCCAGAUUUUUAUAUCUUCACCAUUAUUGAUUUCCAUGAAAUAAUGUUGCUGAAGAAUCUUUAAACCUUUAGAAAUGUCAUUCUAAGUGUAGGAGCAGUUUUUUGCUUCUAUAUACUGAUGAAUGAUGUUUUUUCCUUUCUCUUUCUGAUCGCGCUAGUAUAGAAACGGCUUACUGUUUGUAAUUAAAAUUAAAUGAACAUUGAAAUGGGCUUCAUACUUGAUA